AUGGCUUUCUUCCCGUUCCUCUUGUUCAUAGGUGUUCUCAGCACCACUGCUGCAACCCAUCACAAAUCGAACACUCAUUUCGAUGGUUUUCAAGUCCAUAGGUUGUACGUGAACCCUGAGGAUACUUCUGUCUUACAAGCAACAUUUGAUUCUCUAUCUAUUGUCGAGCUUAACCAUGGCCGCGGUAAAAAUAAUACGUCUACCUUGGACCUUGCAAUUCCUCCUUCGCACGUCGAAGCUUUCCGUGCUUUGAACCUCACUACUACAAUUCUGAGUGACAAUCUCGGAAUGGAUAUUGCUGCAGAAGGUCCAUUGCAGGACUACCCAGAAUUUGACGCUGAUGGUGUUCCAUCUCUAUCUUGGUUCGACGCAUAUCACGCCUAUGAGGACCAUAUUCGCUUUUGGUCUGAUCUACAGGCAUCCUUUCCUAAUAACUCUGAACUUAUUCAGGCUGGCCAGUCAUUUGAGGGAAGACCUAUACAGGGAAUUCAUCUCUGGGGGAGCGGUGGUAGAAAUUCAAAACCAGCAGUCUUCUUCAACGGAAAUGUCCAUGCCCGAGAAUGGAUCACUUCAAUGGUAUCUCCUCUUCAUCCUCUAAUUGACUAUUGCCCUGUGCCACUUUGCCGGUUUAUUGAUGUGGAUUUCGUUGGAUACGAAAAUGACACCGCGGUACGAACGGCCCUUGAUAAUUACGACUUCUAUGUCCUACCUGUUGUUAAUCCAGAUGGGUUUGUAUAUUCGCAAACAGACAAUCGUUUAUGGAGGAAGAACCGCCAGAAGCGAGAAAAUACGACUGAAAUUGGAACAGACAUUAACCGGAACUGGUCUGUCGGAUUCGGCGGUGAUGGCUCUUCCUCUAAUCCUGGUUCAGAGACCUUCAGUGGCUAUAGCCCUGGGGAUGCGCCAGAAACUGCGGCGUUAAUGAAAUUUGCCCAGACAUUAGCUGCCGACAAAGGUAUUAAACUGUAUAUCGACUGGCACAGUUACGCUCAAGUAAUAUUGCUUUCGUACGGGUACACGUGUGAUAGCUUCCCGGAAAAUAUCGAUCAGCAAAUAAGCCUCGCCCGUGAAACAUCUGCUAGGAUUGCACAGUCGUACAACACGACAUUCGACUAUGGGCCGGGUUGUCUUGUCCUGUAUCAGUCGAGCGGGAAUGGCAGGGACUAUAUGACGGAUGCUGCCGGAACUGAGUUUGGAUGGGGUAUUGAGCUUAGGUCUACUUCGUAUGGCUUUGUUCUUCCUGCCGACCAGAUCUUGCCGAGUAGCAUAGAGAUAUGGGAAGGCAUGAAGUAUUUAUGGGCGAAUAUGUAGUUACGGUGAGUCAUUGUUCUUUUCACAGGAAAGCAGUGCCACCUUCAAUGUUUAUCGCUCUUGAGGAAACCUUGGUGCUUCAACCUGUUAUGACUUAUUGGCAUUACCGUGGAGAGGAGGGCCCGGAGAGCC